AUGGCCCCAAGGGAGUUCGAGAUGCUAAACAGCGUGGAGGUCAAGGCCAGCGAGGGUAAGGGGCUUGGCCUCUUUGCUAAGGCAAAUAUCCCAGCAAAUACCAUCGUCAGCCGUGAAUCACCAAUAAUUUACGGAUCACCGAGGAUUCGGUCCAGGUCCUACGAAGAAAAGGUCAGAGUCUUUUGCGAGGCGUACUCCUCAGCUAGUGUGUCACAACGUGGCCAACUGGAUAACCACGCCUGGAACCCCGAACAGCACGAGCAGCAUAAGGAUCUAUAUAAUCAUUUUGAUAAGUGGCUAAAGGAUUUAAUGGAACGUAGUAGAAUUUAUGAGCCAGAAGUACCUCGAACUGAACCGGUACUGGCACUUAUAAAGGCCUACUCGAUAUUUUGGAUCAAUGCCAGCGGGACCCCUGAUAACGGAGCCGCGGUAUACAGUACUUUCGCCCGUUCUAAUCAUUCCUGCAGACCAAAUACUACCUGGAGAUAUAUAGGCGAUCGACCUUAUGAACUAGAGCUGGUAACAGAAUGUGAUAUCCCGGCUGGUGAAGAGAUAACUGUCGCCUAUGACAAUCUCUCGAGGCUGAAAUUGGAUGAUAGGCGGAGAGUAUUGUCGAAUUGGGGGUUCACUUGUCAAUGUGAAAGAUGCACCGAGGAAGAAUAUGCAAUGGGCCGUCUGGGGUAA